AUGGCUCAAGCAAUGUUUCAUGACAAGGUAGUUAGAAAACGUUCAAAAUCUUCGCCUCAAGAAUGUCAAAUUAUGACAACAACACAUUCACCAUUAACAAAAACUGAACAACGAUCAGCUUCAUUUUCGAAUCCUUUUUAUAAAGCUUUCGAUUAUGUUCAACAAAAACUAUUGCAUAAAAAUGAUGAACAAAAACAACAAUUUACUACUAUACAAGAAAAAGAAUUAAAAAUCAAAAUGCUUAUACAUUGGUUAAUAUUAUUAAUUAGUUUUUUAUUUGUUAUUAUUAAUGCUGAUAUUAACAAAGUUAAAUAUUCAUCUAUACACAAAGCUGUCAUUGAACAUGAACCACAUGAUAUUAUUAUGUCGAAUGAUUCACUUAAUCAAUCUUGGAAAGCAACAACUAAAAAAAUUUUAAUACGGUAUUAUAAACUAAUGUUGAAAAAAAAGUUAAUUGAAGUAUUUUAUUAUAGAGUAACUCGUCUGAAUGGAAAUUCUAAAAAAUCAAUAACACAAGAUCGACAUCGUCGGGAAUUAGUUGAUACUGAAGAAAUUUGGGGCAUGGCAAAAAAGGUUGCUAUAACGGUAUUUGUUCUUGUAUCAUUAUGUAUUGUUUGCUGUAUUGUUACAACCAUAUGUAUUUGUAUUAAAUGUUGUUGUGGUGGUAGUAAUAAUAAACGAACGAGAAAUCAAGGUUUUAUUACAACAUCACAGCCAAUAGUUAUUCAUACAGGUUCAUCAAAUUAUCCAUCACGAUAUAAUUAUCAACAAGCACCACCACCACAUACAUGGACUUCGGAAACUCAUCCAAUGUUACCUCAACCAAGUGCACCACCACAACCAAUCGAUGAUUUUCUUAUGGAACGUCCACCACCUUAUGAAAAAAUUUGUACAAGCAGAUAA